CAUCAAAUUCUUCGAACACAAAAAGAAGUGUAGCUGUAAUCAUCGUCAUUACUUUGUCAAAAUGGUCGGAAUCGCUCUGCUAGGCGCUGGCAUUUUUGCCCGGGAGCAACACCUCCCCGCAAUCGAAUCCGUUCCCUCCCUCUCCCUCAAAGCCAUCUACUCCCGCUCCGAAUCCUCCGCCAACACGCUCGCCUCGGCCGCUUCGUCUCCCGUAGACGUCUACUACGACGUGCCCACCGGCUCCGGCGAAGCCAAUGUCUGGCCCGAAGAGAAGACCCUCGACGCUUUGCUCGCCCGCACCGACAUCGACGCCGUCGUUAUCGCCCUGCCUAUCCUCGCGCAGCCGGCUGUCAUCGAGAAGGCGCUUAAAGCCGGCAAACAUGUGUUGAGCGAGAAGCCGGUGGCCAAGGAUGUGGAGGAGGCGAAGCGGUUGGUUGGAUUUUAUGAGGCGUUGGACAACAAGAAGCCGUUGUGGGCGGUGGCCGAGAACUUCAGGUAUACGCCUAGUCUUCUGAAGGCGGCGGAGAAGGUGAAGGAGAUUGGGGGCAAGUUGACUACGUUCCGAUUGAACAUGAAUGGGUGGGUGGAGGAGGGAAACAAGUAUUUCAAGACUGAGUGGCGCAAAGUCCCCUCCUACCAAGGCGGUUUCCUCCUCGACGGCGGUGUCCACUUCAUCGCCGGCCUGCGCCUCUUGCUCUCCGAACUCAACCAAGAAAUCACCCACGUCGCUGGCUUCAGCGCCCUCCUGGAGGAACGCCUGCUCCCCGUCGACACGGUGCACGCCGUUGCUUUGACCAACGACGGAAAGUCGGGAACCAUCAGCAUCUCGUUCGGCACCCAGUUCAAGACCGGACUCGAGGUCGAGGUAGUCACGACCCAAGGCUCCGUUUACUGGAACCCCACCCAGAUCAAGACCAAGACAAAGGAGGGUGAGAAGACGGAGGAGUUUGAGAAGAGCACCGGUGUUAAGGAGGAGAUGGCGGCGUUCGCUAAGGCGAUUGAGAAGGGACAGAUAGAGAAGGAGCAGACGCCCGAGGAGGCGUUGAAGGAUUUGGAGGUGGUGCAGAGGUUGUUGGAGUCGGGUGAGGGGAAGGGCAUUGUCAAGGCGGUUGAGGCGUGAGUGAGUGUGUCUGGUAGGUUUGGUGAGGGUAGUUAUUCGGAUUCAGCGUCCGGGGUCUCGGUUGGGGAGAGUAGACCUUGGCGGGAGGCUCUGUUUUUUGCUGCGAGACGUUGUGGGCUGUGACGAAUGCGGGUCAGGCCAGUGUGUAAAAGGGGGUUUUCAGGGAUAUGAUCAGGUGUUGUAGCUCACAGUAAAAUUCGAACAUCGAUAAUGUUCAGCAUCCAACA